AUGAACACAGAGUUAUCCCUCACGAACGGCUCGGAUACAAAUUCAGAUUCUUCGCGGCUCUGCGACGCCUGCAAGGAAUUUGAUGUCAACAUCAAGGAUCACAUUGUAACCCUGACGAGGACUUUGGAUGUAAUUUCGAAGGAGCUGGCACGCAGCCGAGAGCGACGGUGUUCACUAGGCUCAAAUCAACCGUCUAUAUGGCCUAGUCUACGAAAACUAUGGCGGGAUCUCGCUCGCGCUCAACUAACGUUCUGGGACGGAGAUGAGGAGGAAGGGGAGGACGAGCAGGGAAAUGAGAAGCGCAAACAACAGGACCUUAGAAUUCUUUGCACGAGUUUGGCUAAAUUCACCAGGAAUCUCGUCGCCGAUGUUCCCAGUAAUCAGAAUUUGGCUUUCGAGAACGAGGUGGAAAUUAGACGGUUGUUGCAUUACCAUUCCUCUUGGACAGCCAACCAGGACUCAGAAAGCUUUCCUGUAACGAGGAUGCUCACACAGACGCUGUCAAAUAUCGUAACGGCCAAUAAUGAACUCAUGACAAAGCUGUGGAAUAUUUAUUUGAAUCUACCGGAAGACCAGGUCGUCCUGAUUCGACUUUUGGCUUCCCCAGACGAAGGGACCGUUCUUGCCGUCAUGGUUCUCAUCCUAAACUGCGUAUACGAGAACAAAGCCAGGGCGUAUAUGCUCUGCAAAACUUCUAUUGGAUGCCGUAUAUGCGUGUCCCUUCUUGAUGGUAUGUCCAGGCUGUACGAGGCACACGAAGACAGCGAUGGUGCUAGGGCCUUCGAUGUCGGAUAUGACAUAUUUCUCCAACUUACCACGGCAGGGCUGGUCCCUGAACUAUAUUCUCGACUAUUAGUUGACGACGAGAUCGCUACGCCACAUCAAACAACGCUACUAAAGCUUGUCGACUCCUACCUCCAAUCCGUCACGGCGACGGCGAUAGUGUCGACGCCAGCAAUGCGCAAAAUAAACCGGAAACUUUGUCCGAUGCUAUCAAAGGGUUUCUUCACAAAAGCCGUCUAUACGCAGCACGCCAUCAAGCGAUUCCUUGGAGAGGAAGUCCAACGCGAUGGCAACCCCACCCAAUCGCCAUCCGAAAAUACGGGAGAGGCUCCACCAAUCGAAUUGGAUGUGAUGUUGCCCAAGGUUUGUGAAGCGUUGGUUCUCAUCACCCAGUGCAUCAGCACGAUCACGCUGGAACCCGAGGAGCGCGAGCUGAGCCCCAUUGAAGAGCAGGAGAAGGCGGCAUCCAGCUCCACCUUGCGCUCUGCACGGUCAUUCGCUACGUUUCGAGAAUAUUUCAAUGAGACCCGAUACGCAGAUAACGGGCUUGUAGAGACCCUAAUUGAAACUUUACGACUUCUCGAUAAAUUCCUUCCUCGAAUAAAUUUUGGGAGACCCGUUUCCCGAAAUGAGUCCUCGCCCUCGCCCACGGCUGCGGCGAACGUGGCUUCAUCAGGGACUCACCAGGCCCAAGGUUUCUCAUACCUUAAGCGAGAUCUCGUUCGAUUGCUGGGUAUUCUCUGUCAUUCCACUAGAUCCGUCCAGGAUCGUGUCAGGAAGUGUGGCGGCAUCGAAGUCGUUAUGAAUUUGUGCGUGGUAGAUGAGCGCAACCCAUAUUUACGGGAACAUGCGAUAUUCACACUGCAUAAUUUACUCGAAAACAAUCCAGAAAACCAGCAACUUGUUGAUGGGAUCAAACCCAUGGGGACCUGGGGGGAGGACGGAGUUCUCCAGGACGUUCCUGGCGCUGUACGCCGAUGA